AUGAGUCUUCAUCGAGUCUUGUCCUUCUUAGUAUCCUUUUGUUUGAUAAACUUGAUCAUUAGUAUCAAUAUUCAUGUUGUAACCGGCCAUAGUUUUGUUCACCAAGAAUCCUUACUUCUCCAUUUGAAAGAAAGCCUUAAAUUCAACCCUGCCAAAUCCAAAAAACUAGUUCAUUGGAAUGAAAGUGAUAGUUGUUGUCAAUGGAAGGGAGUAUCAUGCAACAAGGGACAUGUAAUUGGUCUUGAUUUGAGUGAGGAAUUUAUCACUGGAGAUUUAAACAAUUCUAGUCUCUUCAACCUGCACUAUCUGCAGAGUUUGAAUUUGGCUUACAAUGUCUUUGGCUCUCCAAUUCCUUCUGAGAUCAAGAAGCUAAAGAAUUUGGAGCAUUUGAACUUGUCAAAUGCUGGUUUUUAUGGACAAAUUCCGAAAGAGAUCUCUUACCUCAAAAAUCUGGUCACUUUGGACUUGUCCACUCCAUUUACCUCACAGAAUACUCUAGAACUCAAGAAUCCGAAUGUAGCGAUCUAUUUCCAGAAUCUUACUGAGAUCAAAGAACUCUAUUUGGAUGGUGUAAGACUAUCUAGUGGCGGAAAGGAGUGGUGGCGAGGCUUAUCGUUGUUGCGAAAGCUACAAGUCUUGAGCAUGGCAUCAUGCAACUUAUCAGGGCCAAUUGAUUCUUCACUUUCAAAACUUGGCUCACUUCGAGUGAUUCGACUCAACCUGAAUAAUAUGUCAAGUUCUGUGCCAAAGUUCUUUGUUGAUUUCGCUAAUUUGACAACCUUGCAACUCGGUAGCUGCGGCCUGACUGGUGUCUUUCCAAAGGGUAUCUUCCAAAUUCAAGCACUGAAGAUUCUUGAUGUAUCUGACAAUGAACAUCUCCAAGGAUCUUUGCCAGAACUCCUACAAGAUGGAUAUCUUCUAGAAGCAUUGAAUCUCAGCAAUACAAAUUUUUCUGGGCAGUUAGUAAGUUCUAUUUCAAAUUUGAAGCAUUUGUCAACUUUAGAUCUAUCUAACUGCCAAUUUAAUGGGACACUCUCUGCUUCUUUAUCCGAACUUGCAAAGUUGGUCCAUUUGGACUUGUUAUUCAAUAAAUUCACUGGUUUUCUUCCAUCUUUUAACAAGUCCAAGAAUCUCCAAUACUUGUCCCUAUUUCACAAUGAAUUGAAUGGAGUUGUUUCUUCUACUCUUUGGGAAGGACUUUCAAAUCUCCACACAAUUGAUUUAGGUGAUAACUUCUUCAGUGGGAGAGUUCCUACAAUUCUCUUCACACUUCCAUCUUUACAAGAGCUUACCCUGUCUCAUAAUGAAUUUGAAGGUUUCUUGGAUGAAUUCCCAAAUGCAACAAACUCCAAGUUAGAAUUGGUUGAUAUAAGUAUCAACAAAUUACAAGGGCCUAUUCCUAUGUCAUUUUCUCUUCUUAAAAGACUUAGCUUGCUCCAACUUUCACUGAAUCAAUUCAAUGGCACCAUAAAACUUGAGAGAUUUCAGACACUACCAAAUCUAGAUGUUUUAGGCCUUUCACAUAAUAACUUGUUAGUUGAUGCAACAACCAUUGAGAACAAUCCUAGCCUUCCUCCAUUUCCUAGAUUAUCAAUGUUGUUGUUAGCUUCCUGCAAGUUAAAGGAAUUCCCAAGUUUCUUGCGAAAUCAAUCCCAGUUGCGGCUUCUAGACCUUUCCAACAACCAAAUUCAUGGAACAAUUCCUAAAUGGAUUUGGAAGUUUGAGUUCAUGAUUAUCUUGAAUCUUUCCAAGAAUUUUCUCACAGACUUGGAAAAGCCCUUUGAAAAUCCAGGGUCUAAUCUUCUCCGGCUUGAUCUUCACUCGAACCAACUUCAGGGGACGGUUCCAAUGAUCACGAAAUAUGGAUCACAUUUGGACUAUUCAAGCAACAAAUUCAACUCUUCAUUUUCAAACAACAGCUUUGGUGGACAAAUUCCUGAAUCCUUUUGCAACAGUUCUUCUCUUCGGUUGCUCGAUCUUUCCCAUAACAACUUUGAUGGCUCAAUUCCUGAGUGUUUGACAGCAAGAAACGAUAAUCUUCGAGUAUUGAAUCUUGCUGGAAACAAACUCACAGGUCAUAUUCCUGAUACACUCUCCAAUUCAUGUAAUUUGAGAGUAAUUGAUCUUGAUUCAAACACCUUGGUUGGUGCUAUUCCAAAGUCUCUGGCUUACUGUCAAAAGCUUCAAGUCUUGAACCUGGGAAACAAUAUGCUCAACAAUGAAUUCCCAUGCUUUCUGGGUAACAUUUCCACCCUCCGAGUGCUGAUUUUAAGGUCGAACCGACUCCAAGGUCCUAUCAGAUGCCAACAUAGCACUAAUAAUUGGGAGAUGCUUCAUAUUGUUGAUCUAGCCUCCAAUAAUUUGACUGGUAUGGUAUCUGGAUCUCUCUUGCAGAGAUGGACUAAAAUGAUGGGUGAUGAUAAUGAAGCUCAUAAAAGAUAUGGAAGUUUGUUCUUUGACAUGUUUGAUAAUCAUGAUACCAUACGUUUUAAAGAUUUGAUCACUAUCAUUGACAGAGUCAUAGUAAUGAAAUUGAAUCAAAUGUUAGUAGGAGAAUCUCCUUCUGUGGUGGAUCACUUGUUUGCUUAUCUUGUGACUGCAAAUGAACUCGGAGGCCGGUAUUUGGAUUCAGUUACAGUUGUCAACAAAGGGUCACAUAGAAAUUUCAUCACAGUUCCUUCCAUCUUUACUGCAUUGGAUCUCUCAUCCAACCAUCUUGAAGGUCCAAUUCCUGAAGAGCUUGUGAAUUUGAGAGCACUUCAUGUUCUUAACUUGUCACACAAUGCAUUUUCUGGUCACAUUCCAUCUUCUAUAGGAAACUUGAUGAAUCUUGAAUCCAUGGACUUAUCAUAUAACAAUUUGAGUGGAAGGAUCCCUACUGAGAUUUCAAGUCUAUAUUUUCUUUCAGUGUUGAAUCUCUCCUUCAAUCAUUUGGUGGGGGAAAUUCCAACAGGUUCUCAGAUUCAGACUUUUGAUGCAUACUCCUUUGAAGGUAAUGAUGGGUUAUGCGGCCUUCCAUUAACCAAGAAUUGUGGUGACAAUGGAAUGAAAGAACCAUUGUCACCAUCUUCUGAAAAGAAAACUUCAAUUAACUGGAGUUUCUUAAGUAUUGAGUUGGGAUUCACAUUUGGGUUUGGACUUAUUAUCCUUCCCCUUCUUUUAUGGAAGAGAUGGAGACUAUGGUAUUGCAAGAACAUGGAUGAUUUACUUCACAAGAUCUUUCCUCAACUUGAGUUUGUUUAUGAGCAACAAGGAGAGCAAAGGUACAGAAAUUUAAGGUGGAUUCGAGGUUGA